UAUGGCAAACUUUGCUCGUCAAGGCAACUACAUUCAUCUAUCGAAUGAACGACUCAGAUUGGCUCGUUCGAAUGUGUUCUUAAAAGAACGACAAUUAGCUCAAAGAAAAAUUAUUGAAUGUCUUGAGAGGAAAUUAGACGAAUUAUCGCUAAAGGAUAAGCAACUUUCCAAUACUAUAAACGAUGAUUAUCAAGUUUUUGAUGUAUUUAAUAUAACCGAAGACUAUUUUACGGAACGAAGUACCGAAGAACAUAAUCACUUAACAGAUGUCGCCACAGUUUCGUACUACGGCAGGAGCUAUUGGAACGAUGUUGAAAGAUACGUCGAAAAUUUGAGAACAAAUCAACUAGUUUUAACGAAAACAAUUGAAAAUUUGCGCCAAAUAGAACGCAUGCUCGACGAAAAUAUAUCGAACGCUUCUAUUGAUGCUGACCGUACAUCUGUUCAACAUUCUGAUUCUGACGACACGUUAGCGCUAUGCGAACCGUUUCAUUUAGAUCUAAGCAAUUUUACCGAAUAUUCUGUUGAUCAGGAGCCUCUUUGUUAUCCGUUGAAUAUGGAGGAGGAAGUUGGAUCGAAGGAAUCUGAUAUGGAGAGUAGUGACGAAUCGGUUGGUGAGAUACCACAGAUGUGUAAAUCUUCUGCCCUAGAUACGAUUCCAGAGGAAUUAAAUAACGAUCCACCGUCUAGGGCAGAAUCCACACAAUCGCAAACUAUGCAUCAGCGCUUGGAGGAUUUUAUGCGGAGAGAACAAGCUUUAUUAUCCCAAAUACGUUUGUGUCAGGAGGAAAAUCGAGAAUUGCAAAAACAAUUAGGUGUUCUGGCAAACAAAGAUAGUCAUUUCGUCGAUCAACUAAUAUUUAAGGUGGAACUAUUAGAGAAAGAAAGAGCCGAUAUGAUGGCAAGUCUUGAAAAAUAUUUUAGGCAAUUAGAGAACGAAGACGAUGAAAAAAGGAGAUUAAAAGAAUUGAUUAAAGAAUUGGAAGGAGAUUUAAAUAGUAUGAAUCAUAUUUGCGAUAGAAAGAGUGAUGAAAUGAAUGAAUUGAUAAGAAAUUUAGAAAGAUUAGCAAAGACAAACGAUGAAUUACAGAGUCAAUUAUCUGUCGAAAAGGGAAAAGAUUACGAAGCGAAAUAUCGAGUUGCUCUAAAAGAUUUGGAUGAAAAGAGGAGGAAACUGCAAGAAUUUGAAGAUGAGAUAAUCUAUUAUAAAAAUCUUGUUGAACGAUCAAGCGAUAGGGAGAAAGAUGCUAAAAACACUAUAGUUCUAUUAGAAAGAAACGUUAAAGAUUUAGAAGCUAAUCAAGCAGAUAAAGCAAAGAGAAUAGAUAGGGCGGAAGAAGAAUAUAAUAAGCUAUUGGAUAAAUAUAGACAAGAUAUGAAAGAGAAGAAUUCGUUUAUUGACAAAAUUCAAGACCAAAGCGCGGAUAAAUUGAACGAUAGCAGACGCAGUCCUCUUAUUAGAGACGACGUAACAGACAGUAUCAUAAGACCGUCGAGAUAUCAAUCAUCUAGGAGCGAACAAGGCAAUCCCAAUUAUUCUUCUGAUUCUUACCGACCAAACUACUUGGAUCAUCCAUUGAACAGUACUUAUGACAAUGAGCGAUUAAGUGAUAAAGUAAGGCGUUUAGACGCCGAAAAUGAUACGUUAAGGCAUCAAUUAAAGAAAAGUAUCGAUGCCAUGCUAGAAAGUGAGAGAAAAUUAAGAAGAUUACCAGAAAAUGGUAGAUUAGUUAGAAAUGAAUGCGAAGCUUUAAGAAAACAAUUAGACGCAUUUAGAAAAAUCAUUUACGAAGCAACUUUAGCUUUAAAACAAACGAACAAAGCAGAUCCACAGGGUAAAUUUGACGAUGACGCCUUCUAUAAACACUUGGCUCAAUUGGAAGAGGAUUACCAAAAAGUACUGAAGGAAAGAGAAAGAACUGAAUUUCUCGACAAUUCAUCAAAUCAAGCAACCGAUCUUCACGAGUUUGUCGAAUUCCUCAAUAACGAAGUGGAGAAAUUAGAAAGAGAGAAGAGUGAAUUAGUUGCAAAAAAAGGGAGGGACGAAGAACUUUUAGAUAUUCUCAGGGAUAAGCUACGUAAUUACGAACGUAAAAUGAAUGAUUUCGAAGGUAAGACUACUACAUCCUGUUCGCUAUGCGAUCAUCUUAUGGAGCAAAGGGAAGAAUUGAAGAAAGAAUUGAACGAUGCAAAAGACGAAAUCAAUAACUUAAAGCAGGCAAAGACAGAGUCAAAAGCAAAUAUAAAUAAUCAGUUAAAUAAUGGAAAAACUGAUGAUAAUGAAAUAAUAAGAGGUAGUUUGCAUCCGGAGAAGAGUACUUCACCUAUACUACCACAAACAUCGACGCCAAUACCGUUUCAAGAAGCUAAUAAUGGAUCGACAAAAAAAUAUUUUAACGAUUUACACGACGAACUCGUAUCGGAAGUUGAAUUGUUACAGAAACAUAAUGAAUUUCUAACAGAUGAAGUACGCAAUGCCCAUUCAAAAAUUCAAGGAUUAGUUAAAGAAUCAGAAAUUUUAAAAGUACGAAAUUCGCGUUUAGAUCAUAAAUUAAAGCAAUCUCAAACAAAUUUGGAUAGAGUUGAUUCGAAAGGUUUAAUUGAUAAAGAAAAGGAUUUAAUAUUAGAGAAUACUAAAUUAAGACAAGUUAUAAGAGACUUGAAACAAAAGGAGAAUUCAUCUAGGCCUUCAACAACAACGUUGGAAAAUAUAAAUUCAGAGUUGAAAAUUGAUAAAUUAACUAACGAAAAUGACGAUUUAAAAGUCGAAGUUAAAACAUUAACGGAACGAUUACAUUCGUAUUUGAAGCCUGGAAAGAAUAUUGUUCAAUUACCGAAACCUGAAUACGAUAGAUUAAAAAGCAACGAAGAAUUGUUAGAAAGUCACGAAGAAAUGUACGAAAUGAUGGAAAGAAGAAUAGGAUUAAUGAAGAGACAACUAGAAAAUAUAAGAGCCGAAAAUCUAUUACCACCACAACACAAUCAAUUCUUUGAUAAUUUAGAAAGGAUGGGUGACUUCUAUACAGAUAUGUAUAAGAGAAGAGAAGAGGAGAAAAAGGCGGCGAAUAAUGUUGAAAGUCAAACUGACGAGUUUAAAGCUUCUUGCCUAUCCGAUGGUUGGAAUAAAUCAUCUAAUUUCGCUUUUUACAUUACUAAUGAUAGCUAUUUAUUAUCAGAAUUGAAGAUGCAGCUUCUUCAAAUUGCCCAAAACUAUUCAACUGCCGUAAAAGAAUUUGCAACUGUAUUGAGAAACGCCCACUCCUCUGGAAUAACCACAAUGACAACACGCCAUCUAGCGACCGAAUUAACAGCUAUUUACGAGGGAAACUUCGAACAAAUUCAAGGCGUAAAGCCGUCAUUCGGUGGACAAGUUACAGCUAGCGUAAAUAACGAAAAAUCUAAAAAUUUGAAAGCUUUAGUGGAAGCUUUACCAUUUGAUGACGUUGAUACAAAUAGGAAAACAUUAGAAUAUCGAUCUGAAAGUUUUUCAGAGAUUGACGAAGAGGAAUUUCAACAAAUAAUUAUUGGAAAGUUAAGAGAAGGAAAAUCUAGAAAGUCUUUUCAUAAAUUAUCAAGGAAGAAACAAAAUCUACUAGUUUCGAAUCUCAUCAAUGCUAUGACGUCAGGAGAUGGGGAAGAAGAGUCAAAAAUGUCACCCAACGAAAUGAGCGUAACAGUCGCCAUGCAAGUGGACGAAGAGAAUCCCUUAGAAUAUAAUCAUACAGACCAAUUUGACAAUAGACAGUCGGAAGUUGAUUACGACGAAUACGACAAUAGAAUCUCCAGUCCAUUUAAUAAUAGUUCAAGAGAAUUUAAUGACAAGAUAAUUGAUUUACAAAGGGCAGUUAAACAGUUGGAAAUUGAAAAUAGACAUUUAGAAGAUGGUUUAUCAAGAAGAGACGAGCAUAUUGAUGAUCUCAUAUCUCAAAUUCGGAGAUAUGAUGAGUUAGUUAGUCGACGAAACUCUGCUCACCUAAAGUCUCUAGAUAUGUCACAUGAAAAGCCCGUAGAAGAUAGUCAAUAUCAUAAAGAAAUGAAGGAGCUAGGCCAGAUGCUUGAAUAUUGCAGGCAAGAAAAAAAUGAACUUUUGGAGAGGUUACAAGGAAAUGAUAUGAGCAAGCGUAACGUAGGUACAACUACCUGGAAUUCGGAACCUCGGCCGGAACAAGAUCAUUCUCGUAAUAACAGAUUAUACGGAUUACUCAGGGAAAAGAACGUCGUCCUUCGAAAAUUGUAUAUUUACCUACAAAAAAUUGGAGCCGACCCAGCCGUAUUGGUUUUUGUUGAAAAAGAAUUAAAGAAAUUAGAGAGCGAAGAAGAUCCACUAAUUGCAAGGGAUGAAGAAGAAAAUCAAGUGGCCGACAAAGGAGACGAUAGCGCUUGCGCUAUGAGUGAAGAGGAUUCAACUUUAUCGUCGGAUUUGAAUACAAUCUACGAAAAUAUUGGUCCCUUAUUCAUCGCUACGAAAGAUUACAAUCCGAGUAUAAAUAACAAGUCAAAUUGUCUAAACUUGAAAGAGGGAGAUAUAGUUCACGUACUCGAAAAAUUUCCAUCGAGCAAUUUCUAUAAGGUGAAAAGUGGCACUAAAGUUGGUCUUGCACCUAAAUCUCACCUAUCCUCUUUCACUCCUGGACCUCCUAAACCUCCGAGAGUCGUUAAGAAUAACGUGUUAUCUCAUCCAGCAUUUAAGGAUGGUUUAGACAUAUAUAGGGUACAAUCUCUGUCAACUUCUCAUCCAGCUUUUAAAAUGAAAGAGAAGAAUAAAGAUGGACCUUACGAAGAGAUAUCUCUGGAAAAGCGUCCAUAUCCGCCGAAAAAUUUUAAAAUAGAAAAAAUCUUCAAAAAUUCUAUUAUUCUAAGCUGGAAAAGAACAAAAGUAGAUAAGUUUGGCAGAUCGAAUGGUAUGCUGUUAGCCGGCUAUGAAAUAACUCUACCAUCUGGUAAAACCCGAUUCAUACCGAAUAUACGAAUAGAGAAAGCCCUGGUUGAGAAUGAGGUCAAAGAAAAACCAAGAUCAUAUUCCAUUAGAACAGUGACCGAGAGGGGAAAACGUUCAGAGGAAUUGUUUGUUGUUCUCGAGUCCAAUUUCGAGGCCUUCCAUACCGCCGAUAUGACCGAUUUUCAAACUAUUGGUUCAAUUUUAGAAGAAAGUGAUCUAAUAGUUCCUAGAAUCGCUAUUUAUGAUUACAAUCCGAUCAAUUCGCAUGGGUCAGAAUUGGUUUUAAAAACUGGAGAUUUAGUUUUAACAACAGGAGAAGAGGACGAAACGGGAUAUUUUAAAGCUCAAUGCAAAGGAAAAUCUGGAAUAGCUCCUGCAUGCUUUUUAGAAGAAAUCGCCUAUUUUCUUAAUUAA